AUGGCUGAUAACCCGUUUGACACGGUGAUAGAUGGGCCUGUUGGUGGUGAUGAAGCUCGUGUUCCCUUGUCCGCCACUGCUGAGGCACUUUCGAAGCCCAAUCCCUCAUUAGAAUUCUGCACUCUGACGGUCGAGGAGACUCUACGAAGGCUGGAGACUGAUGGUAAGACUGGUUUGGGUUCCAUUGAAGAAGCUAGUAAAAGAAAACUGGCUUAUGGUGCCAAUGAAGUAGUUGGGGAAGAGGAUGACCCUAUUUGGAAGAAAUUUAUAUCAAAUUUCAUUGAGGAUCCACUUAUUCUGCUACUAAUUGGUUCAGCUGUGGUUUCAUUCAUCAUGGGAAAUGUUGAUGAUGCAGUGAGUAUUACUUUGGCAAUCGUAAUUGUGGUGACUGUUGGCUUUGUUCAAGAGUAUAGAUCAGAGAAAUCUUUAGAAGCACUGAGUAAGUUGGUUCCGGCAGAGUGCCAUUUGGUAAGGUGCGGUCAAGAAUCCCAUGUUUUGGCAGUCAACUUGGUGCCUGGUGAUUUGGUAAGCUUCCGUAUUGGUGAUCGUAUUCCAGCGGAUCUUAGAAUUAUUGAAAGUGUAGAUUUGUCAAUUGAUGAGAGUAACUUGACUGGUGAAAACGAACCAGUUCACAAAACUACUCAGCAUGUCAGCAAGGAAAGUUUCAACGAUCAGCCAUAUUCGAUUGUGCCUAUAUCGGAUAGAACAUGUAUUGCAUACAUGGGUACUUUGGUUAGAGAAGGUCAUGGGAAAGGUAUUGUUGUCGGAACUGGUAAGAAUACAUCAUUUGGUGCCGUUUUCGAGAUGAUGAGUUCCAUUGAAAAGCCAAAAACGCCUUUGCAAGUUGCAAUGGACAAACUAGGUAAGGAUUUGUCGCUGAUGAGCUUUGUCCUCAUUGGGUUCAUUUGCUUGAUCGGUAUCAUACAGGGCAGAUCUUGGCUCGAUAUGUUCCAGAUCUCAGUUUCCUUGGCUGUCGCUGCUAUUCCUGAGGGUCUUCCUAUCAUUGUUACUGUGACAUUGGCACUCGGUGUUUUGAGAAUGGCCAAACGUAAAGCUAUUGUAAGAAGAUUACCUAGUGUUGAAACCUUAGGUUCAGUCAACGUUAUCUGCUCGGACAAGACGGGAACAUUAACCUCUAACCAUAUGACGGUGUCCAAGAUUUGGUGUCUGGCUAGCAUGGCAAAUAAGUCGAAUAUGUUAAAUCUGGAUAAGAACAGGCCUGGAAGCUUCAAGAAUUACCUGACCGAUGAUGUAAGAGCAAUCCUGACAGUGAGUAAUGUCUGCAACAACGCUUCCUUCUCUCAAGAACAUGGCAAAUUUUUGGGUAAUCCUACCGACAUCGCAUUGGUUGAACAACUAACCAAAUUCGAUAUAAAGGAUGUAAGAGGUCAAUUUGAAAAACUACAGGAGAUUCCUUUCAACUCCAAAAGGAAAUUUAUGGCUACUAAGGUGAUCGAUCCAGAGGGAAAAUGCGUAGUGUUUGUAAAGGGUGCUUUCGAGAAGAUUUUGGAGCACUCUAGUCACUUUGUGAAUCAGAAGGGCAAAGCUGAAUCAUUGAGUAAUGGGCAAAGAGAGACUAUCAAUGAAACUGCUAAUUAUCUUGCCUCCGAUGGUCUACGUACACUAGCUUUUGCAAAACUCGAAGUACGUGAUCCUUCCGCGGUGCUUGAUGAGGAAUCCAUCAAGGGCUUGACUUUCAUCGGUCUAAUUGGUAUGAAUGACCCACCACGUACUACUGUUAAACCUGCCAUUGAGCAAUUACUGCAAGGUGGUGUUCAUGUCAUUAUGAUUACCGGUGAUUCGCAGAAUACAGCCGUUAACAUUGCUAGACAAAUCGGUAUUCCAGUAAUGAACCCUGAGUUUUCCGUCUUAACGGGUGACAAAUUGAACGACAUGAGUGAUGAUGAGCUGGCAAAUGUUAUAGAUCAUGUCAACAUCUUUGCGCGUGCCACUCCUGAGCAUAAAUUGAACAUUGUCCGUGCCUUAAGAAAGAGAGGUGAUAUCGUCGCUAUGACUGGUGAUGGUGUGAACGAUGCUCCAGCUUUAAAAUUGGCAGAUAUUGGUGUUGCGAUGGGCAAAAUGGGGACUGACGUUGCGAAAGAAGCUUCAGAUAUGGUUUUAACAGAUGACGAUUUUAGUACCAUUUUGACCGCCAUUGAAGAAGGUAAGGGUAUUUUUAACAACAUUCAAAAUUUUCUUACGUUUCAAUUGUCCACAUCUGUUGCUGCUCUAUCCCUUGUGGCGCUGUCAACUGCUUUCAAGCUACCCAAUCCGUUAAACGCUAUGCAGAUUUUGUGGAUCAAUAUUUUGAUGGAUGGUCCUCCUGCUCAGUCUCUUGGUGUCGAACCGGUUGAUCAUGAAGUCAUGAAAAAGCCGCCAAGAAAGAGAACAGAUAAGAUAUUGACUAACUUUUGUUUAAGAAGAUUACUAAUGAGCGCCGCAUUCAUCAUAAUAGGAACAACUUAUGUGUUUGUGAAAGAGAUGGCUGAGGACAACCAAGUCACUGCUAGAGACACCACUAUGACAUUCACAUGUUUUGUCCUCUUCGACAUGUUCAACGCAUUGGCAUGCAGACAUGCUACCAAAUCGAUCUUUGAGGUUGGAUUCUUUGCGAAUAAGAUGUUCAACUAUGCUGUUGGGCUGUCCUUAUUAGGACAAUUAUGUGCCAUCUAUGUUCCGUUUUUCCAGGGAAUCUUCAAGACAGAAAGUCUAACUCUUGGUGAUUUGGGUUUCCUACUCAUGAUCAGCAGUUCCGUCUUCAUUGCUGAUGAAGCACGUAAGCUGUGGUCAAGAAGAUAUUCCUCCAUAGAAUCCCUGCGCUACUCUAAUGUGUAG